AGAGCAUGGAGGCGAAAGUAAGUACGGAAACCGGACAAGAGAGAGCACGAGAGGAACCAGAUGCAGCAGGGUCGCCGCUGCGCUAGCAGCUCGACUUGUUUCUCGAAGUCAAGAAAGGCCCGCGACGACGACGAACAGAGUUACGGGGGUGAGGGCAUAGCUAAAAAAGGAGGGAAACGUGUGAAAAAAAACGAGAAAUAGACGAUGAAGAAAGGAACGGAACUUGGGCCUUGACUCGGGCUUGUGUCCCGUUUGUGCGGGGCCAGCGCAGUGACGAAACGCGACAGCGUAUAGGAGGCCGGGGAGACCGAGGAACUCGCCGAACCCUGCGUCUGUUCUUGCAUGUCUCAAACUCUUGGGGUUACUUUUUAAAUGCACUAGGAAAAAAUAGUUUCUCUGCUAGAGAUUCUCUAUUUUUGCAGGACUGGCUGCAUUUUGACCGCGAUACGCCGACUCACUCGCAUGCCGUACUUGUGCUGGCAAAAUCGCCGUGCAUGCGUUAUUUCGACAAGACGAUCGCAGACCCCGAAAAACGAAUACGCGCUAAACGCUAACCUUCUUCUCAGAGAGAAGUGUGCUUGUAAGGUGAUUGAACUGUUCUCGGUAUUUUGUUUACGCACAGCGACUUAGUUGUUUGUGUUGAGCCUGGAGUACCGAUGGUCUGGAUGAAACGGUUCGGAUUUGCCUUUUCAACAACUUGGAAAGAACAAAGGCCUAGAGAGGGAGGAACGCGAUGGAAGAAAGAGUUUCAUAAUGGGGAGACCUUAGACGCACGAAGGAAACAUGCGCGGGAUGUGCUUCGUAUUGAUAAAGGGUUCAACAUGAUGACAACUGGCUCAGGAAUUUGCCUUAAUGUCGAGGGUGGUCUACACAAGGACGGUAACCGGCUAGCCAUGGUUUUCCAGAGAAUUCCCUCAACGCCGUGAGAUGAAACAAUGAGAGGCUUGCUCAAAGAAACAUGACGCACUCAUCGCGGCAUGGGAGUCGGCUUUUGUCUGGCAUCGCUGCUGCGAAAUACCAUGGGACAAUCCCAACUUAAACUCAGUUGGAGGAAGCUCGUGGGCAGAUGCGAUUCUUUCGUCACUCUCUUUGCCUUCCAACCUCGAAUCAGGAAGCACAGCAAGCAGCGAGAAUGUUAUUGGCCGAUAGAUAAAGGUGUAGCAUGAAACGUCUCGAGUGCCUGAGAGAAACUCGCUCGGCUGAUGGGGAAGACACCUAGCGCCGCCCUUCGGGCAACGGCCAGUAGACCGCGUCUACGUCCGACGAGAAGUCCUCAACUGACGCAAUUGCUCUUUCAAUGGGAAUGUCGAACUUACAAGCGAUAUGUGAUGCACGCAAAAUGCGCUGAACGGUGUCCGGAGUGCACCGUUUAGGCCGUUGGUGUGUCACUCUACAGACUCGCUUCCGUAAUUCUGCGCACCGUCAACCGGCUGUCUUCCACGCAUGCCCUUUCCACGAAUUCACGAUAUCUUCUACAGUCUCAUCAAUACGCUGACCCUGUCAGGAAGCGCUUGUUUCCGUAACCCAAGUGAUGGACUUCCACGUGAUAACAAAGGCAGCUUUAUCCAUUUUCUCGUGUAUCUCGUAGCUGUCUUGCAUGCUUCUACGUAGAGGUGCUUGCAGAUGAGCGUCCUCAAGGAGGGUACCAACGCUUCCGGUACUUGAAAUGCGGAUCCAGUCCUGGGUCAUGUACAGACUGAGGGAUUCCUGUGUAGUCUGAAUGCGCCAGACAUGAGGAGAACGUUCUAAGACGCACCCUUAGCCUCCGAGGAGGACGUCAGCAUCUCUGAGUCUCCAGAGGACUGGCUGACGGGAUAAACACCGCGACUUGCCAGUUGACGGGCAAAGCUCUUUCCUGCAGAGUCACUUCUGCCGAGCGUCUGAUAGAAGAAGGGAGAAUCCGAAAAGGCUGGUGAUGCAGCUUCCACUGUGGUGCUGUCUGGAUUCACCCAGUGAGCACCGCCGGCAUAUAUACAGGCAUCUGCUGGGACGGCUCAGCUCUUUCCUUGAUUUACAUACAAGGAACCCAGGUCGACUCUACUCCGGUGGAAAAUCUCCGGCAUGCGCUGUGUUUUUUGUGGCUACGGAGAAAGAGGGUAUGGAGUAGAGGCAGCUGCAUGACGUCUAGGCGCCGGGGCUACUUCUUUGAACGUCCCUGCGUGAACUUCAGGAGCGAGGCUAAGCAAGGCAGUUUGAGUUUCUCAUUCAUCAGACAUACACCACGAGCGGCUUUUGAGUCGAAUUAAUUUAACCCAAUUUGUAUAGUGAGAAUGCCCCGUCGAAAGUGUGAGUUUUGCUUCUGCGCCGUCGGUCUCCCGACGAGAGGAAACUCAACUCAGACUCAGUCUCUACCUAGCUGUAGUGGGCGCUGUAUUACUCCUCUCCACAAAGACACAUACCCUUACCCCGUCGCGAAACAGCUUUGUUUCUUUGAAGUAUCUUUUGUCUACAAAUAGUUCAGUGGGGCUAUCGAUUCCAAUCCAUGUCCCGCAGGUUGUGCAACAGUGGAGCGCAGCGGCUAUCCAUUGAACUUUUUCUAUGCGUUGACUACAGGUUUCUUCGAUGCAUUUAGAAAACGCAGUGGUUCCUCUGCACCUUUGAGUUUACACCACACACACACACACACUAACGGUAGAGCAAACAGACAGCCGUUACGUGUCUCUGAUGAAGCGGUGCGUUUCCGUUUGUCAGAGAUGGCGUGGAGUUUCUCAUCGAGGAUCCUCCUGGUUUACACGGGAGAAAAUCAAGAAAGGCGUCUGCGAAGGAAAUCGAGAAAGUUGAGUUCCUCUGCUACGCGUUUCACCUUUUUCUUUCCUUGCAGAGGCGAGUUCACCACCGUGGACAUGGGAAUGGCUGUUUGCAGGCUAUGUGGGGAAGUGUGGACGGGGGGUCCCGCCGGCGCCUGAGAGUUCGUUUUCCUUUACUUCUUUUUCGGGAACUUAGCGCCACACACGGAUACGACAAACAGGAGGUAACUGGUGGCGAGAAGCGAGAGCUUCUGGCGAGAAGGAAGCAACCUUUGCCGGUUCGCGCGAAGAAAAGUCGCUGGUGCCUCGCGGCAUGCUCCCCUCCACUAGAUACGCCUUUCCCCACUUGCGAUUCUUCUCCGGUAGAAACAGAGAAAGCCGCAUGCACAAGAACGGAAGCGUACGCGAGUUUUUCCGACGCUUUGUGUUCUCCAAGUUCUUUUCCAGACUCUUUCCUCCCGGCGACGCUCUCGCCCUCGGUUUUGUCUUGUGCGGUAUCAACUGACUUUUUCCCCUGCCCGUCGGUGUCUCUCCGCCCUCCUCGAGGAGGCCGUGUGAUUUCGCUGUUGAGUCAAAAACGUUUCGGCGGCAAACACCGGCGUUCGCGCCUUUUGUGGCUUUUCGUCGACCCGUCGUUUCUGCGAUUCGACGGACAGGCGGACUCCGAGAGCUGCAGUGCACAGCGGAAAGACGAGGGACGUUUCUCCGGGGAUCCCCUCUCUGGAAGCCAGAGUGUCGAAGUAGGGAGAGCGAGGAAAGGCAGCACUGCAAAGGAAAACAUCCGGACCGGCGUUUCUUCAUCGCCACUCGGUCUGUGUUCCGUAUCUCCUCUCAACUGCCCUUCUUUCGUUCCUUCGCUCUGUGUCUUGUUCGACUUCGCUGCACCUGUCUACUUUUCUCUCGCCUCUGCUGGAGUUCGACGUUGGUCCGAGUCUCUGCAGCCCACUGUGGUACGUUGGAUUCGCGCUUCCGGAGCUUCCCUCCAAGUCAGCGGCGCUUCACACUGUCUGUUGGAGUCUCUGCUUUCUCGCCAGUCCGUCGCCUCGUCGCGGCAUUCGAUCCCUCGACGCAUCUUCAGUCGCCUUGUCAGUCGUACUCCUUCCUCGCUGCGUCGUCCGUUCUCUGCUUCCGCGCAUGCACGUUCGAGGCUGGACGCUCGCGAACGUCCGCCUUGUUUCUGUCUCAGUUCCACCCCGGACCGCUUCUCUCUGCUCUCGGCGCUUCCUCGAGAUACGCUUUGCCUCUUCUUUGUUUCCUCACGCCUUUUAAAGAUGGCGAGUGACGGGGAUGUCGACACCAACAUCGAACAAUGGAAGAUCAAGCGCCUGAUCAAGAACCUCGAGAGUGCGAGGGGAAAUGGCACAUCGAUGAUCAGCUUGAUCAUCAAGCCGAAGGACGAAAUCACGAGAAUCAAUAAAAUGCUCGCCGACGAAUUUGGAACAGCGUCCAACAUCAAGUCGCGCGUCAAUCGUCUCUCCGUCUUGUCGGCCAUCACUUCGACCCAGCAAAGGCUUAAGCUUUACAACAAAACGCCUCCCAAUGGCUUGGUCGUGUACUGCGGAACGAUCAUCACGGACGACGGGAAGGAAAAGAAGGUUUCGAUCGACUUCGAACCGUUCAAGGCAGUCAACACAUCGCUGUACCUCUGUGACAACAAAUUCCAUGUGGAGGCGCUCGCGGAGCUUUUGGAGUCGGACGCGAAGUUCGGCUUCAUUGUGUUGGACGGUAACGGGGCGCUCUUCGCGACGCUCCAAGGCAGCACAAAGGAGGUGCUCCACAGGUUCACCGUCGACCUGCCAAAGAAACAUGGUCGCGGUGGUCAGUCCGCCAUGCGUUUCGCGCGUCUGCGGCUCGAAAAAAGGCACAACUACGUCCGGAAAGUCGCCGAAACGGCCGUCCAAAUGUUCAUCACCCAGGACAAGGUUAACGUUUCUGGGCUUAUCCUUGCAGGGAGCGCCGACUUCAAGAACGACUUGGCUACGAGCGGCAUGUUUGACCAGCGUCUGCAAGCGAAAGUGAUCAAGAUUGUCGAUGUCUCCUACGGUGGGGACAACGGCUUCAACCAGGCCAUUGAACUCUCUGCUGAGGCACUGACGAAUGUCAAGUUCAUCCAGGAGAAGAAACUCAUUGGGCGCUUCUUCGACGAGGUUGCUCAGGACACUGGGAAGUACGUCUUCGGCGUCCAAGAGACUCUCCAAGCUCUCGAGAUGGGCGCCGUCGAACUCCUUAUUGUCUUUGAAGGCCUGCCCUUGGAGCGAGUGACGCUGAAGAAUCCAGUGACGAACGCAGAGAAGGUCAUUCACAUUACACCAGACCAAGCACGAGACGAUUCACUCUUUAAAGAGGACGGCGUGGAGCUCGAGGUUGCUGACAAGAUUUCCUUUUCUGAGUGGCUCGUGAACAACUACAAGAACUUCGGGACGACCCUCGACUUCGUCACCAAUCGCUCUCAGGAAGGCGCGCAGUUCGAACGCGGCUUCGGCGGCUUGGGUGGCAUUCUGCGUUACAAGGUUGAUUUCCAGGACUACGACGAGACUGUGGAUGACGAGGACGAGUUCAUCUGAACAGUGCAUUUCAAGCUGUUGUUUUUCGUGCUGUCUGCUCCAUCGUUUGUCUCCCCAUCAUCUGCCUAGAUCUUUGUGUUUUCUUCUGUCUCCUUCGAUCGGACUCUUGGAUGACUCGACGGAGGGCGAAACCCACGACGGUGACGCCCGCGAGUGUCUCUUCGAGUUGUUGUUGCAUCCGGCGAGGUGUGGGGAGUAGCGCGGGGGCGUUUUGCUGCUUUUGACAGUCUGGUUCUCGUCGAUCAGCGUCGCCUGUGCCUUCUCUGCGUCCUCUCAAGACGCAUUCGCCCCUCGCGCGGUCCCAGCAGCCUAGGUCGCUGCGUAGUGUCUGGCGUCGGCUCAUGUCGCCGGAGAAGCUGCGUGUCUGUACAUAUCCUGGUGUGUAUGUAAAUCCCUGCGCGAACGCUUGCGUCGGUGCUCCCGUACACACCUGUCCACCAUUAUUGGGCGUGGAAGAAAGUUGCGCGAGAAGAGGGAAAGCGGCACCUCGGCGUCGGGUAGCCUUCCGUUUCCAGUGCUUGUCGAGUGUGCACCUUCCAACUGGGUCGUCUAGGCCGGGGGGUUUAGGAUUUUAGCGGGAAGCAGGGGAGAAGGAAGGAGGAGACUUGUGCUCAAGGCAAGGACCUCAGAAUACGAGGUGAAAGAGGAAUCGAGCAUCAGGCGACGCUGUCUCGCGAACCGCCAAAGUGGGCCUCGCUUGCAUCCCCCAACGCCGUCUCUGUCGCUUCUCAACUCGAAAGGUUCUAGUCGAUUUCUGUCAUUGGUUCGCGUGGUAGCAGUAAAGCAGUUGUGGAACGCUCUACACAAAGGCAUUCUCUGGACUC